AUGGACGCAGUUGCUGAGUACUUGUUUCUCUCCUUACCUCAAUCGGCAGAUGCCAAGGAGUGGUUAGAGCAACAAUUGAAUAGUGGGAAGUCUCCAAUUUAUCAGUUGAAGUUCCCUGACUUCCAAAUAGGUACUUUAGAUUCUCUCAUCCAAGAGAGUGAGGAAUUAAGUAAAAUAGACCUGCUGCUUGUCCUGGCAAUCAGUAAGGUUGUCGACAUAUUGAGCAACGUCUUGGAAACUCCAACAGGCUCAUUCUCCAAUAAAGUUGUUAACUCCAAACUGGUAUUGGAUUACGUUGAGAAAUUUCAAUGGAACACUUCCAAAUACAGAUUAGACAAUCCCGUUACACAAUUGGUGAAGGUAAUUGCCGAUGAAGCAUUAGUGUUAGAUUCUGAUGUUAGAGCCAGCUAUCAGAGUUACCAAACAGCGAAGCUGAACUUUUUGGCUGCAGACAGGAAGAAGAACGGUGAUUUGUCUAUCAAAUCUUUACAUGAAAUAGUUAGACCCGAACAAUUUGUUUUAAAUUCGGAUCAUUUGAUAACUGUUUUGAUAGCUGUUCCAAAAAGUCUUGUUGAUGACUUCAAAAAGACUUACGAAACUUUAACUCAAUUUGUGGUUCCCAGAUCAGCUGAGCUCAUUUCCUCUGAUUCCGAGUAUAGCUUGUUUGGUAUCACUUUAUUCAAAAAAUACCAACAGGAGUUCUACAGUGCUGCUAGAGAGAAGAAAUGGCAUCCUCGUACCGAUUUCACCUAUCUGGAAGAAGUAUUGGACAACUUACGCAAGGAAUUCGAUAUGACAAGAGCUGCCGAAACAAAGACCAAGAAUGAUUUGAUUAGAUUGGCUCGUACUGCCUAUUCAGAUAUUUUCUCAUGUUGGGUUCACAUAAAGACUUUGAGAGUAUAUGUGGAAUCUGUGUUGAGAUAUGGUUUACCACCUAAAUUUGAUUUCUUUUUGAUUAAGUUUACUGCAAAUUCUUUGAAGGACGUAUCGAAGGUUAAGAAGGAAUUGAUAGCCAAGUUUGGAUAUUUGGGAGGCAACCAACAUUCUCAGAAUCAAAAUUUGCACGAAUAUGCAUCUUUGGUUGACACAGAGUAUGAUCCGUUUGUCAUCUACGAAUUGCCAAUAGUCUAG